AGCCACUCUUGUUGUGGAUCCUCACACACGGCACACCUUUGCCAAAGUGAUGAAAUUCUUAACAAACAACAGCUAAUUACCAAAGCAGCAACCAAAGUAACAAACAUUAUUAAUGACUGACUGAGAGAGAGAAAGAAAGAAAGAAAGGGCAACCUCAAAUGAGACGCAGAGAAAAUGGCUCUAAUGGCGACUAGAACGAAGGUGCCGCUGCUGCUGCUGCAUAGAGUUGUUAAAAAUGGAGGGGCGUUUGGGAAAGUGGGUGCAAUGCGUUCAUCUUCAACGGCGGUGGUGGAGUCUAGGCCUGUUGGGUUGGGUGUGUUGGGACUGAAAGACUAUGAGGAUUAUAGAAGGUCUUUGUAUGGUGAGAUCACUCACAAGGCCUUGCUGGUUGACGCUGCUGGCACUCUUCUUGUUCCUUCUCAACCCAUGGCUCAGAUAUAUAGGACGAUUGGGGAGAAAUAUGGGGUGAAGUACUCAGAGGAUGAGAUAUUGAACAGAUACAGAAGGGCAUAUGGGCAGCCUUGGGGUGGAUCCCGUCUCAGAUAUGUCAAUGAUGCAAGGCCUUUCUGGCAAUAUAUAGUCAGUUACUCCACUGGCUGUUCAGAUUCUCAGUACUUUGAAGAACUUUACAACUACUAUAGCACUAACAAGGCUUGGCACCUCUGUGAUCCUGAUGCUGAGAAUGUAUUUAAAGCUCUUAGGAAAGCAGGUGUGAAGUUGGGUGUUGUGUCAAAUUUUGACACUCGGUUAAGACCUUUAAUGCGGUCUCUAAACUGUGACCAUUGGUUUGAUGCUGUGGCAGUUUCAGCUGAAGUUGAAGCAGAGAAGCCAAAUCCAACAAUAUUUCUAAAAGCUUGUGAUUUAUUGGGAGUAAAGCCCGAGGAUGCUGUACAUGUAGGGGAUGACCGUAGGAAUGAUAUAUGGGGUGCUAGAGAUGCAGGCUGUGAUGCUUGGCUUUGGGGAAGUGAAGUUCACUCUUUUAAGGAGGUUGCUCAGAGAAUAGGGGUCCAGGUUUAAAGAAAAAGCAACCCUUUGAAGGAAGCUCUAUCUGUACAGUUGUUUUUUUUUUGGUUUAGUUUUGGUAGAGUUGUAUUUUCUGUGCUGUGUUGUAGUCUGAAUAAGAGAGUUGUGAGGUAGUAACUGAUGUUACAACAUUAUAAAUAAAAUAAUAGUGAGAUGAUUUUGUUCUCUUCA